AUGCAGCAGUCUGCGUCUAUGACCACACCUCCCACAUGGUUACCCCCGCCAGGGGUAGCACCCCUAAGACCUAUCGAACCUACUUCACCUUGGUGUCCCCCGUCUGCGGUACCACCUGUUUCGACACCAUGGCGGCCUCCACCGGCUAGCGGGGGAGCACCCCCUGUUACCCAACCCAACUGGGGACCACCCCCUGGCACACCGGGGGCUAUUACUCAUGUGAGUAACCCAUACCACUCACCGGCUUCCCAGCCCUGGGACGCAACUAGGUCACCACAUUCAGGGAGGGACCCUGGUACCCCAGGCCACUGGGGCACCACUACAUCUAACACUGGGACCCCUAGGGGUUCUAGAGAUACCAGAUUACCUAAGGCAUUGAACUAUGAUGGCCAGUCUGAUUGGCAAUCAUUCAGAAACCGGCUCGAACGCUAUGCACAGGUGAAUGGCUGGGAUGAGCAGCUAUGCAAGGACCAGCUGUGUUGGAACUUAGUAGGUAAGGCAGGGGAAUACUUAGCUAUAAUCAGUACUAGGCAGCCCAAUAUUAGUUACAUGGAAUUAAUUGAUCGGUUACAACGCCGUUUUGGGGAUAACAAUCUCCCUGAGACUUAUUUGAUAGAACUCUAG